CUUCGACUACCUCUUACUUUUACCUCCGUGAGCGGCUUUUUUCCGCUUCUUUUUCUCUCCUUUUCCUCCGUUAUCUCGGGUGCCGCUAGUUCGUCGCAGGAAAGAGACGGAGGGAGAAAGAGAGCGUGGGCGUCAGCCAGGCAGAGAGAUUAUCAUCCCGCAGGCAGAGGUACGCGAAUCGCGCGCGAAACGCAUCGACGCGUAUCCACGGCGAACGGGCCAGGUGUCACUAAGCGGUCCAACCCGCGAUCGGUUCGGCGCAGCUGGAAGACGAGCGUCGCCUCGAAGAGAGGGCAACGAUGGUCGCGAGUGUCCGGUGACGAUACGUGUCCUCGUUCCGCAGUACCUUCGAGUUGUCGCAGCGAUCGUAUAACCGACCGAUCUCCUAACAGUGUCCGCGCAUUUCGCGUUUCGAUCCGGUGCCAACGGAAGAGACUCCACCAACGCAACCUCGACCGUCUCGACGGGCACUCGGACAGACACGGAUCCAGCAGCUCCACGUCCUCCGUCAGGAUAAAUAGGAGAAAACCGCGAGGAAACCACCGGAGGCCGUCGACAUGUGGCUGAAAACAGCGCUCCUGAUAUGUUGCAUCAUCGCGUACACGCUCGCGGACGAUGCGCCUAGAAGCAAGGCCGUAACCGUCGAAGAUUUCGUAACGUCUCACAAACUGCCUGAGAGUGUCGCGAGACCGUCGGAGUAUGACGACGAAGACGAGGACGACGACGUCGUCGACGUAGAGAGGAAAGCGAUCACGAAGGACGGAAAGCACACGAAGAAAGUUAUUCAACGGUUGGAAAGUUUCGAUAAGAAGGCGGCCAAUCUCGAUCCCGUCAGGCGUUUCGAUUCCGGGGACGAUGACAAAACAGACAGUGGCACCGCGAAGCGGCAAGUCCGCGUCGAGCUUGAAAACUUUAGCGACACUGGUGUCCUUCAGGAGACUGGAAUUCGAAGAACAGACGCUUACAAAUCGCGCGUGGAAAAUCAGAGGGACUCCGUGAUUCCUGGGGUUCAUGUCAGCGACGAAUACCCGACUACCAUGAUCCCGGUGUUGACAACGCCACGCGAGGCGCGUGGCUUUGACUUCGUUCCCGUCAACAUCAUUCGCGACGAUGGCAAGGAAACGUCAUUCCGCGACCGAAACUUCGGCGAUUUCAGUGACGUCAGUUUAGUCCCAGCGGGCACGAAUUCGCGAAUUCAGGUAAAAAAAGGGCCAAACGGGAAGGACUACGAAUACGAGUACGUAUAUUAUUACUAUGACGAGGAGGAUGAGAAUAAGGCGGGUUCAACGGACUCGGCCGUCACCAAUUCUUACGACGUUCCUUCUAGAACGACGUCCGCGCCUAGGCGCGGCGGCUCGUCCACCAACAGAAACAAGUACAGUAGCGCGGAAAGGUCGAGCACCGUGGAACCUGCGAGCAACGAAGUGAUCCCGAAUAGAAACGGAAACAGAGGCAGGCAAUUGGUCGAGGCCGAAGACGUGUCCGAGGAAAGACUCCCGACGAAUACCAGAUUUCCACCGAGAUCGCGAUCGAACCAUAAUACCGGAACUACGGAACCGUCUCGAACGCGUGGAAAUCGUCCCAGACCGAGUUUGGACCUCGUCGACUCCAGCAGUUUUCGUACGCAUCAGGAAGGCCCCGAGUUCCCUCAAGUUUUACCGAAGGGACCGCUCAGAUUCCUGGGAGUUACGCCAAAUGAGGAUACCGAGGAAAAAGUAGCACCCAGAGGGCGUGGCAGGCCUCACAGAGUUCAGGAGCCAGCUCCCGUCGAAGAGGAAGUCGAGGAUGCGCCUAUUCCUACGACUAGAAGGAGGCCACUCAGCACCCCAGCACCAGAAGUUGAAACCGAAGCAUCCGACGAACAAGCUUCACGCUCUACCGAGGAGGAUGACAAGGAGGAAACGUCUCCUGUGUCACGGGAGAGGGUUAGAAACAAACAAGCGUCUUCGGAGGUCAAACAAGUUUCCGAGGAAUUGGAUUCUUCUUCGAUUUCGGCGAGCACCGUCUCAGCCGUCACCGAUAGCCCGACCACCGAAUUCCCAUCGGCGAUGGACAAGGUCGCUCUAGACCUGUACGCCUUCGUGCAGCAAGGUCAAAAUAACUUGGUGGAUGCAUCCAGCAGCGAGGCGACCGGAUCCUCGGAUGGAACGACUCCAACGGACGAUGAAACUACUACCGAUCCUGCGACCGCGACGGAAUUGUCGGCCACUACGGUGACUCUCGAACCCACGACAACGACCACCACGACGGAACCACCAACUACCACACCUACGACCACAACUACGACUACCACCACCACUACAACCACGGAACCACCUACCACAACAGCCCAAGCACCCGCUGGAAGAGGAAAGUUCCGAAGGCCUGGCAUCGGAGGAUCCCCGACUUCUCGAAACCGAUUCAAGUCGAACGGAGGUGGUAGCACAACGACCACCGAAGCUUCCGUGGAACCGACGCAACGCACCCGAGGACGUUUCGGCGGAAACGGAUCCAACGGUGGCGGUUACAGAAGACCUCGACCUGGACAGAAGCAACCUGUCGAGGAAGACGCGGUGCAGAAGGAAAGCUCGAGUUCCGUUCAAGCGGAACGACCAUCUGGCACGACUCGCGGAAGGUUCCGCGGCUCUGGAUCAACAAGAACGACCGUCUCGACGACGACGUCCGCCCCGUCCAAUGGCGGAUCGACUCAAUCGUCUAAUGGUCAGACCGGAGUGACGAGACCAUCGUUUAACAAACUGAACAUCAACCGUCUACGUGGCAGACCGACAACCACGGCACCCAGUGCCAGCGAGGAGAGUCAGGAAUCCACCCGUUCGGAAACAGCCAAGGAAACUGCUCAGGAACCAGUCACGGCUGCACCGAAAUCGAACGUACGUUCGAGACUGCCUUCACCUGGAGCUAGACCCGUCAUCAGACCAAGUGGUGCUCGAGUGAAUCUCAGACAGAAACCGGGUCAACCAACGACCACCACGACGACUACGCCAAUCCCUCUUCCCGCGGAUGCCUCGGACGAGACUUCUAUCGAUGAGCCAGCUGGCGAAGGAACCGAGGAGGAAACUCACGAGGCCCCCGCGGAAACCAGCCCGGCGCCGACACGUUCGACCACGGCGAACCCCCUGAACAAGUUGCGCAACCGAAACAGACUACAGGUCCAUCCAAAAUCGACCACCAGGUCGCCGGUGUCGCUGGCGCCUAGAAGAUCGCCGUUGUUGCCGCGUCGCAAAGUGACCGAAGCACCCGUUCCGCAAACCAGCCAGGAAGAGUCGUCCGAGGAACCGGAAACCUCCAGCGAGACGGAAGCUACCGAGGCUACGUCCGCCGAAACCAGCACAGCCGCGAGCACGAGACACGAAGAGACCAGAGGAUUCGGUGGACUGUUGGCGCCCAGGCGCAGGAUAGCGCCUCGACGCCCAGGACAGAUCGCACCUCGUGAAUAAUGCCGAGGCCUGCGCUUCUCGCGAACGCGGACUCGGUGAACGAGGAUGAUAAAAAAAAAAAACAGCUUCCAUCCAUCGAGACACUUGGCGAGAAUCGUCACCGCGGGCGAGAUCUAAGACGACUCGGGUGACUUGAACGCGGCUUAACGAGUCGAAGAGGCGUUAUAGAAAUCAUAGAUAACGAGAGAGUCUCGUCGGAGAUGGAAACGUACCGGCCGAUCGACAAGAGCGUCGAUUGGAGAUCGACUCUCCGCGGCUACGCUCUGAAUCGUGAUAGGAAAACUCGGCGGAAUUGAGUUUGAGGAAAAACUCCCGACAAUGGAUUCGCGACAGAUAGAUACAGGGGGUGGACGAAAUAAUGUGAACACCUGUGGACAAUCGAUAACGGAGUUGGGUUCGCAUUUGUCUUUGAUACAACUUCCUAUCCUAAAGUCACGUGCCUUUUCAAUGCCUUUCAAUGGAAUGUAAUCCCAUUCUUCUAUUGGAGUCUCUUUCAAUUGUUUUCGAAAUAUUGAAAGAAUUAAUUUGCUUUUCAUUCUAUUCUCGGAAACUACCAACGGUAAGACGAUGAUAUUUAGAUCAGGUGAUUGUCCUGAUCAGGAAAGACGUUGAAGUUUAUCUUGGGACCAUUUUCUAGACCCAAUAAUUUCCAUUAGAAUGUAGUCCCUUUCGAAAAGUGAAUUAUGCUUUUCACCUUUUACUUUCGAAAACUACCAAUAGAAGUAGUUUCUUCCUUUGAUUUUACUGAACGGUAAAGGUGUCGAAGAAAAAUUGAAUUAUGGAUGCAUUAUCGCUUUGAAAAGUAGCACCGUUGUUGGCAAACAGUACGUGAAUCAUAGCAUAAACCAGAACAUCUAGAAUGUCCAAGCAGACGAUGUCAGUGAUAAGACCAUUGUGAAUGAUCACAAAACCACCCCCAUGUUUAUCAGUUUGGAAACAGAUAGGUUGAAUGGUAGAUGUUCAUAUUGUUCCAUUUAUCUCCUGUAUGUACACUCAGGGUGGUUAAUCCGUUGCAUCUCGUAAAAUUGCCGAACAGCUAAAUUACGCCGCUUCCGUAAAUGUUUAGUUUCCCGAAUCGUACCUUUACCAUGGAAACGUCCAAAGUAAGUACUGUUGUAAACGCACCGAGAACGAUCGACGGGCAGCAGCAAACGUGCUACUGUUAUUGUAUUUUCCGAAUUUAAGCGCGGAAGAACGUGUUAUGUACACUUAUCCUAUUAUGCAUUUGCAAGCUAAAAAAAAUCGAUGUACAUAGUGAUUCUUUGCAACGUUACUCGCAUCCCUCGAUUGGUACUUUAAGCGUGUAAGUCCGUGCAUUAUCGCAACGCGUUGAUCGAUGUAAUCGCGAUGCCAUAGUCGAGAUUUUUCGAGAAUUUUUAAGAGGACGUGCGCGACAAUCGCAAUUGGAAAUGAUAAUACGAUUGAUAAUACGUCAUCUUUAUUUAAUAGCUAAGCGACGACAAUCACGGAAAGUCAUCGCGUCUACGCCAUUGCUGAAGCGAUCGACGAUACGUAUCCCCUCGAGCACGUACUUUUACAACCAAGUACGACGCGUGUCGUAUCGUAAUAAUAUUUUUGUAAUUACAAUGUUCCACGAUACACUGUAAAUAUGAUAUUGCAAUUAAACAU